AUGUGCAAUAAGCUAGAUGAUGACCUUUAUAAUUUAACACAGAAAAAAAUAAUGUCAAGUGGAGGUGGUCAGCAAUCACAGGCUCUUACCAAACCCACUUUCAGUGAGGUACAAGCCUCUGCAUUAGUGGAAUCAGUAUUUGGAUUAAAAGUUUCCAAGAUCCAGCCACUUCCUAGCUAUGAUGACCAAAACUUUCAUGUAUGCAUUUUAAGAACCAAAGACACUACAGAUGGCCCAAAUGAGUAUGUCCUCAAAAUAAGCAACAGCGAGUCAAGCAAAACUCCAGACCUGAUUGAAGUGCAGAGUCACAUCAUCAUAUUUCUGAGAGUGGCUGGAUUUCCAACGGCCUCCGUGUGUCGUACUAAAGAAGACAACUUAACCUCUCUCAUAUCAGUAGAUAGUGGCUCUGAAAUCAAAAGCUACUUGGUGAGGCUGCUGACUUAUCUACCAGGAAGGCCUAUAGCUGAGAUUCCCAUCAGCCCACAGCUAUUAUAUGAAAUUGGAAGAGUAGCUGCCAAAUUGGAUAAAACACUGGAGAAAUUCCAUCACCCAAAGUUAAGUAGUCUUCAUCGGGAGAACUUCAUCUGGAAUCUGAAAAAUGUUCCUCUUUUGGAGAAAUACCUGUAUGCCUUGGGCCAGAAUCGGAAUCGAGAGAUUGUCGAACAGGUUGUUCAGCUAUUCAAGGAUGAAGUAAUGACCAAAUUAAGUCAUUUUCGAGAAUGUAUCAAUCAUGGAGAUCUUAACGACCAUAACAUUUUAAUAGAGUCCAGCAAGUCAACCUUUGGAGAUGCUGUAUAUCAAGUGUCUGGGAUUUUAGAUUUUGAUGACAUGAGCUAUGGCUACUAUGUGUUUGAAGUGGCAAUCACCAUCAUGUACAUGAUGAUUGAAAGUAAGACUCCUAUACAAGUAGGAGGUCAUGUCCUUGCAGGGUUUGAAAGUGUAGUCCCACUGACACCUGUGGAGAGGGAUGCUUUGUUUCUACUUGUUUGCAGUCGUUUUUGUCAGUCACUUGUCUUAGCUGCAUACUCUUGCCAGCUAUACCCAGAGAACAAAGAGUAUCUCAUGAUUACUGCAAAAACUGGGUGGAAGCACUUACAGCAAAUGUUUGACAUGGGCCAGAAAGCUGUAGAAGAAAUCUGGUUUGAAACUGCCAAGUCCUAUGAAUCUGAGAUCUCCAUGUGA